GUUGUGUGUGUGACUGUAAAUUCACAGUUACAAACAUUAACUAAACUGGAAAGAUCAAUAGUUUGUUUGGUGAUCAGUCAGUAUGUAAAGGAUAAUUGGCUUAUAAACAUAUUUUCCCACAGUAUAAUCUACAUUAACAGGAGUAUUCAACACAACAGUACGUCUCAGUUCUACACAUAUAGGUGAAUAGAACGGAAUGAACAUCUUUUCAAUGCAAAUGGUCAUUUACUUAUAUAUAUGUCAAUAUAAGCCAAAUACACAAUAUACAGUGGUUCUUGAUGUCAAGGGGUGUUGAACAUGUCUUUCAGAGGUUUAAACUGGGUACUUUUGUGCUCUCUUUGUUAAAAAUGUGUAUGUAAGUUCCAUCGAUAAGAACAAACGGCACUGCUCUUAGUCCCUCAAAAAACAAUGCAAGAUAUUUUCGAAGUUGGUGUGUACGAUCUUUGCCACAGUCAGUGAACACAGCAUGUGUUCAGAGCGGAGGCUGAGCAGCAGCAGAGCAGGAUGGGCAGCUAGCAGCUGGUCUGAAUCUCUGCGUUCACAGCAGCAUCCCUGAGAAGCUCGAUGACAGACAGAAGGUCAUAAGAAGACGCAGCUUCUCCCGGAGGACGAUGUCCUCUCAUCGGCUGAAACCAGCCCAGUGCCGUCCGAUGGAGAGCAACGUACAGGACAACGCAACGACCCCCGCCGUCCUGACCCCUCCGCACAUAAAGGCACACACGCACGAAUCCAUACAGUAACUGAGCAAGAAAAACAAUUGGCAAGAGAGCCUGUCGUUAUGUGGUGUUCUAUAAUAACUGACAGUGCGUAAAACUAAUUAGAAUAUCACAGUGUUGUGAACUGAAGAGCAACACUGGGCCUUUAGCAGCACAGUAUCUGUCCGUAAACAUACUGACAAGUUCAAAUAUAGCAUCAGUUGGUAGCCUAUACAAUUCACCUGCUAACAGGUAAACUGUCUUUUUCAGGAAAAAGCUUCAGAAAAGCAUCUUUACUCUGGUAAUUUAAUUUUAAAGCAUUCACUGUUGGACCUACAUCCACACCAAAAUCCAAAUUGCAAUUUACUGUAGUCAAACACAGCUGACUGUUUCAGCAUCACUUUAUAAUAAGUCACUGUAGUAUAAGUUGUAACUAAUGGCUUUAUUAACAGUUAAUAAAUUGUUUUCAUCAUAAAUCGGUUAUAAGCUAUGAAAGAAAAUUGGGUCGUGAAAAAUAAUUGCUGUUGACUUAUUAAUCAAGUCAGGCCAUUAUUAGUUAUUAAUUAAAUGUUAAUAAGUUCAUAUUAAUAACACUAUAAGCAUUAACUCAAGCAGAGGUGAACAUUAGUCAAACUGAAGCAGCAGAGGCAGAGACAUCCUGACUUUUAGUCAAGACAGUAUGAGUCAAGCUCCAAAAACAUCGGAUCCUACAUGUCCCAUAAUGCAGCCAGUAUAGCAUCACUGGACCUGCUGUCUGGUAAAUGCCAACAGCUGUCAAACUCCCCACCCUCAGUUUCAGUUUCUGUGUCUUAAAGCCCAAGCUGAGAUAACCCUGAUGCCAUCACAAUGACAUCAUCAGGGUUUAUUUUCAGACUUGACAAAGCUCCUCCAGCCACAGAAGACAUUAUUCAGCUGUUUACACAGGCUGUGUAGUUGUCGACUCCUCAUGAGGAGUAAACUGAUCUUCAUCUGGCCUUUCAACAGCAAAACCAGACUCUGUCUGUUUAUGUGGAAUGCAGUUGCUUUUUAUUUGUGACAGUUAUCCUGAUGUUUAACAUGCUGUAAAAGUGUGAAUUCAGACUUUGAGUGUAGGUGGAAGGCAUCAAAUCUGAACAUGUACAGAGCUCAUCACUGAAAGACCCACCGAAAUCCUCCUAAACAGAAAACCACAGAAGAAGAAGCGACAGGGAGGAAGGAUGGACUCCAUCUCUAUGAUGGGCAGCAGCAGGAGCCCUGUGUUCCUCACAGCGUCCUCCUCCCACCUCCUCCACCAGGGCCAGGCCUGUUUCCUGCCCAACAGCAUGAAAAACGGUGUAGCUGGAGACGCUGGGACCACCUGUCUGCCAGCCCAGCCCACAGUGGCCAUCCUGGGCUCAGGUGACUUCUCCAAGUGCCUGACCAUCCGCCUGUUGCGCUGUGGCUUCCAUGUGGUGGUGGGCAGCAGACAUCCCAAACUGGCAGCCCAGUCCUUCCCCCACGUGGUGGAUGUGACACACCACGAGGAUGCUGUAGGGAAGGCCAGCAUUGUGUUCUUAGCCAUCCGCCGAGAGCAUUACUCUGUAUUGUGGGACCUCAAGCAUUUACUGGAAGGGAAGAUCCUGGUGGAUGUGAGUAACAACAGAAGGGUGAACCAGUAUCCAGAGUCUAACGCUGAGUAUCUGGCUUCACUGCUGCCAGACUCUAUUGUGGUGAAAGGAUUCAACGUCAUCUCAGCCUGGGCCAUGCAGCAGACCUGCCCCAAAGACGCCAGCACGCAGGUGUUCAUCUGCAGUGACUCUGUUGAGGCCCGUCAGCAGAUUAUGGAAUUGGCCCGCCAACUCAACUUCCAGCCAGUGGAUAUGGGCACCCUGUCUUCUUCACAGGACAUUGAAAACUUGCCUAUACAGUUAUUUCCUGGCUGGAAGGGCCCCGUCCUAGCUGCUGUGGCCCUCUCCAUCUUCUUUUUCGCUUACUCAUUCGUACGGGAUAUCAUCCACCCAUAUGUGAAAAACAAGCAGAGUGACUUCUACAAGAUCCCCAUAGAGUUGGUGAACCGGACAUUGCCCACUGUUGCUAUCACCCUGUUGGCUCUGGUGUACCUGGCGGGUCAACUGGCUUCAGCCCACCAGCUUUACUACGGCACCAAGUACAGGCAUUUCCCACACUGGCUGGAGGGCUGGCUGCAGAGCCGCAAGCAGCUGGGCCUCCUCAGCUUCUUCCUGGCUGCUGUCCAUGUUCUCUACAGCCUCUGUCUGCCCAUGAGGAGGUCUGAGAGGUACCUGCUGCUCAACACUGCCUACCAACAGGUCCAUGCUAAUGUGGAGAACGCGUGGAACGAGGAGGAGGUGUGGAGGGUGGAGAUGUAUGUUUCUUUUGGGAUCAUGAGUCUCGGGCUCCUCUCCCUCUUGGCCAUCACCUCUAUCCCGUCUGUCCACAGCACGCUCAACUGGAGGGAGUUCAGCUUCAUACAGUCCACUCUGGGCUACAUCGCCCUGCUCAUCGCUACUUUCCACGGCCUGCUGUUUGGCUGGAAACGAGCCUUUGAGGAGGAGGCCUACCGCUUCUACCUGCCCCCCAGCUUCGUCGUAGCCCUAGCCCUGCCAGUGUGUGUCAUACUGGGGAAGGUGCUGAUGCUGCUCCCGUGUGUGGCCCGCAAGCUCCACCAGAUCCGCCGGGGCAUGGACAGCAAUCAGUACCGGUGUCAGCGCCUGGAGCCAGUGGGCUCAGCUGCCCAUGUUUCACCUGAGAGAGUCACCAUCAUGUGAUCACUGCAGCACAAAGCUGUCUGCUCCUUUAUUUGGAUUUGCACAUAUACAGUUAACUGUUUCAUUGAAGCAAAUGAACAAUAUUUAUUCAUGUGAUUCUCGGUGAAACUGCGUAUUAUUCUUAUUUUGUUACUGUGAACAGGUUUUGCAGACGUGUGAACUGUGUAUUUUUCGCCUUAUUAGCUGUUGUAACUAUUCAGAUGACCUUGUAUGACUCUUAUGUCACAGUUGUGUUCCCAUUUAAAUUGUAAAACUGAAGAUGCAUCCCUUGUCAGUAUCUUACCAAUAUACUCCCAAUAUUGUACCAAUAUUUUACCCUGAGACACCAGUUGUUGGUCAUUACUUUAAGGGAGGAACUACACUUUUUUUUUUAACAGGAAUUGAACUAGUUGAACCUGUGAAAGGAGCUGUAUAAUGUGUGGUCUGAGAACAUAACCCUGAUGAUGUCAGAGUGAUAUCAAGGAGGGUGCAGACAACAUUUAGAACGGAAAUCUAGUGUUUCAAAAAUGUGGGCAGGCGUUUAUAAGACAUGUUGUUCACUGGGCAGGGUGGAUCUAAUGAAAAAACACUGCUGAGUUGCAGCAUUCAGUGCUUAUUCUAGGCAUAGUAAGGAUAUAUUGGCUUCUGUUGAUUGGAUUUUUGACCAUUCUUUUUUAAAAUCUGUCUCUUGUGAGUCCAUCAACGUUAUAUACUAGGUCACUGUAGCACCACUUUAAUCACGGAUUUCAGUUUAUAGGUUGACACAUCUACUCAAUAAAUAAUUAUAAUAGUGUUUUUUGUUUGGUUUGUUUGAUGUUUGUUUCGAUUUUUGCCUUUUGGGGCUUUUGACCGCAUCUCAUGAGUUUUGGAAGACCAUGCUAUGUGGUUGAGAGCAUUUAGCUUUUUUUUUUUUUAAAUUUAUCACUAAACUACUAAUUCCAAGGUGAAGAAUGAACUUUCUCACUCUGCUUCAGUGGUUCCUCUCACAGCCCACAAAAUAACAUGGAAUUGUCAAAUGUGUACAGAAUAAAUCAUUUAUUUAUCAGUUUACAGAAUAUUACUUGUUACUAUUGUCUUCUCCAGUGUUUGAAAGCAUUCUCAUCAUUAAAAUGUCCCACUUCAAACUGAUAACCAAUAGGUGUUUUGGUAUCUGUUUACCUGUGUUGUUUCUGCUUUGUAUUACUGUACUGCUCAGUGUUGUGUCCAUCUGUCACACUCUAGUCAAGGAGAGAUGGCUUUGAUUAAGAAUUGAACACAUAUUUUUUAUUAACUGUUACCACUAGUCUUGUUAGUGACAUUGCAACAUACCUGAGAGCAGAACUACAGUAGCUGAUGUAAUGAUUGAGGUUUACCUGUGAAUUAGCACCACAUCAAAAUCAGUUUGCCAACCUCAUUAUGCUUAAAUCCUUGUCAGUGUAUUAGAUGUAUGUGCACACGUUACGUCAGCGCUGUGGGUAUAAAGUUUCAU